GCGGGCGCGAGGCGGCUGCCGCGUCGCCGCAGCGCGGGCGGGCGCGGGGGGGAGAGCGGCCCGGCGGCGGGCACCGUGUUCGCGCCUCCGCGGGCACCGGGCGCCCCCGGCUGCUCCCUCCGGGCACGCCGAGGCAGUACCGAGCCCCCCGGGAAGGGGCGGCGGGCGGGUAAGAUACAUAGAUAGAUAAAUAGGUGGGUAGGUAGGGGAGACCCUGCUGCGUCCUGCUGCCUCCUCAUCGUCAUGGCUGGCUCGGAGCAGCCGCCGCCGCGGCGGGAGGACGGGGAAGCCCCGCUGCCCAUCGAGGACGCGGAGCUGGCGCUGGCCGGCAUCAACAUGCUGCUGAACAACGGCUUCCGCGAGUCCGACCAGCUCUUCAAGAAAUACAGAAACCAUAGUCCAUUAAUGAGUUUUGGAGCCAGUUUUGUCAGUUUUUUGAAUGCCAUGAUGACAUUUGAAGAAGAGAAGAUGCAGCUGGCGUGUGAUGACUUAAAGGCUACAGAGAAACUUUGUGAAAGUGAAGAAGCUGGAGUUAUAGAAACAAUCAAGAAUAAAAUUAAAAAGAAUGUUGAUGGACGAAAAUCCACUCUAUCCAUGAUAGAUCGUCUACAAAGACAAAUAAUUGUAGCAGACUGUCAAGUCUACUUGGCUGUGCUCUCAUUUGUAAAACAAGAGUUAUCAGCAUACAUAAAAGGUGGGUGGAUACUCCGAAAAGCCUGGAAAAUUUACAAUAAGUGCUAUACGGACAUUAAUACACUUCAGGAAAUAUAUCAGAAGAAAACAACUCAGGAAUCCUUGACUUCUGAUGCUGCAAAUGAUAAUCAUAUUGCUGCAGAAGGUGUAACGGAGGAUUCGCUAAACAGACUGAAAGGUGCUGUUAGCUUUGGAUAUGGACUUUUUCAUCUUUGCAUAUCCAUGGUGCCCCCAAACCUGCUCAAAAUCAUCAACCUGCUGGGUUUUCCUGGAGACCGCCUACAGGGGCUUUCUUCACUGAUGUAUGCAAGUGAAAGUAAGGACAUGAAGGCCCCUUUAGCUACAUUAGCUCUGUUGUGGUACCACACAGUUGUUCGUCCCUUUUUUGCCCUUGAUGGCAGCGAUAACAAGGCAGGAUUGAAAGAGGCAAAAGAAAUUCUUGCAAAAAAAGAAUCUGCUUAUCCAAAUUCUUCUCUGUUCAUGUUCUUCAAGGGAAGGAUACAGCGAUUAGAGUGUCAAAUCAAUAGUGCCUUGACCUCAUUUCAUACUGCUUUGGAACUUGCAACAGACCAAAGGGAGAUUCAACAUGUCUGCUUAUAUGAAAUAGUCUUGGUCUUAGGUUGGUGCAGCAUGAUAGAGAUGAAUUUCAAAGAUGCGUUUGAAUCCUUUGAAAGGCUUAAAAAUGAAUCCAGGUGGUCCCAGUGCUACUAUGCUUAUUUAACAGCAGUGUGUCAAGGAGCGACUGGUGAUGUCAGCGGUGCUCAGAAUGUGUUCAAGGAAGUUCAGAAGCUUUUCAAAAGAAAAAACAAUCAGAUUGAACAAUUUUCAGUGAAAAAGGCAGAUAGAUUUAGAAAACAAAUGCCGACCAAAGAGCUCUGUGUCCUGGCAUCCAUUGAAGUAUUGUACUUAUGGAAAGCCCUUCCAAACUGUUCCCUUUCGAACUUACAGCAUAUGAGCCAAGCUUGUCAGGAUGUUGAUGAUUCAUCAGCUGUUGGUUUGAGGAAUUUGCUUCUUGGUGCCAUACACAAAUGCUUAGGAAAUUCUGAAGAUGCUGUUCAGUUCUUUCAGCGAGCUGCUAAAGAUGAACUGUGCCGUCAAAACAACUUAUACGUCCAGCCAUAUGCUUGCUAUGAACUUGGCUGUCUUCUUUUAGACAACCCAGAGACUGUGCCAAGAGGCAAAACCUUACUUCUCCAAGCCAAGGAGGAAUUUAGUGGCUAUGACUUUGAGAACAGAUUGCACGUCCGCAUACACGCAGCCUUAGCCUCUCUAAGGGAGGUAGUUCCACAGUGACAGACAGGAGGUCUUGUUAUCCUUUCCCACAGUUUCUGCACUUUAAGAUGAAGCAGAAGAGCGAGCUGUUGGGAAGACCAGCUUUUCUUCUGAAAAACCACUUGUGCCAGAGACACUUUCCUAGUAUGGUCAGAGUUGGUAUGGCUUAGUAAAACAUUACAAUUGUAACUAAAAGUAAAUCAACCAGGAAGAAGGUUAAGUGACCUUGUGUUUUUAACUCUUCAGUUUUUGUUCUGUUUAAACCAAGCUGAACACAAUUGCUUGUAACUGUGGAUAAGCCUAAAUAAGCACACAUGAUUUACUUCAACAAUAUUGGCAGGUGUGAUUUUUACCUUUUAAAAUAGAUCUAGAUCUAAAAUAUGACAAGGGGAGCACUUCUGUUUUGAUUAGAAUAAUACAAUAAAAGUAAUUACUGUAAAUGUUGAAGUUGGGAAUAGUCAGAACACUUUUUUUUUUCUUCAAGCAUUAGCCAAUGCAUGGGAGGAGAAAAACUGUUGAGCUGCGAAAAGCAGAUCUUACUAAAUUUCAGUGGCUUAUGUCAGUGACUUCAUGAUGACUAAUGUGUGAAUUUUAAACCUCACAUUCCCUUCCAUUCUUCAUUCCUUCCUUCCCAACCCAGCUCAUACUUGUGCUAUAAAUUAUGUCAAUAGUUAGGAUCUCUGCUUCUGGUACAUUCCAGCCAAAUACUUACUUUGUUUGACAUGCAAUUACAGUGUGGGCAGUUCUUAUUUCUGCUCUCAAUAUUGUGAACAUUAUGUUAAAAUACAUAUGCCAGAUACAGUAAUUUUACAUAUUUUAUAUUCAAACUGCUGAGUCUUUAUAACAGUGACCUUUAAAGGUAUUGAAAAACCCAACCAAACAAAACACAAAACCAAAAAUCUACUUUGGUAGUUAUACCAAUAGUACGAUAUCCUAAGUCUCUAUAUGGUAUUCCAAACCUGUGGUGUUAAGAUAUUGAAAUACCUCGGAGAGCUUAAAACUUUUAUUAUGACCAUAAAAUUUUUGAUACUUGGCCAUCUGUGUGCUCAUCUGUAGCUUUUUUUUACUUUUGUCUGUAAUAUGUAGUAUCUCCUUAUGUUUUAUAUUCAGUUAAUAUCAUAUUCUAGGAAGGUAAAUAUUUUUUUAAAGAAGCUUAUGAAUGGAAAUCUGACCAGAAAGAUAGUUGAUGUUACUUUGCAAAGCUAAGAAAACUGGAUAUCCUUGGAAAUAGUGAUCCAAAAGCCUUAUCUUUACUUUGGUCAGGUUGCCUUAAACAGUUCCUUAGCUUGCUUUUUUUUUUUUCUUACCUUUUUGUAGAAUAUGUCACCAAAGUUUUAGACCUUGCCCACACCUAACCUUCAUUGAUUUGCUUUUGAGGUUGCAUCUAAAGCAAGACUGAUAUGGAGGAGAAAAGUAAUAGCCUAUUUGGUAGGCCAAAUGAAAUGGUUGAGACACUUUUAUUUCUCUCUAGAAAUAUACAGUUCCUGCUAUGAAAGGCAUUCCUAGAGCAGUUAAACACUUCUGUUGCAGUUCCUGAAGGAGAGGAGAGACUCUUAACUCUUAAAAAAGCAGUUUUAUUUUUCUAUAAUCUAGGUGUGUUACAGAUAGUACACUGGGUUUUUUAUUCAACUUUGACAGUAAUACUGAGUCAUAAGUGAGUGUUCAACCUUAUUUGGUCAAUCCAAAUAAGUAUUGACUAGAAAACAAUAUAUUGUAUAUAUAGUGAUUACUUAGAAUUCAAAUAAUGAUUUUAAAAAUGGGCUUUAAUGUACUUGAAAUCUUAUUUUGUCCUACCUGACUUUUAAUGUUUUGCCAUCAGAGACACAGUCCCUUCUGGGUAAAGAGCUAGAAACGGUACAGUUACUGACAAAAUUCCUUUUAAAUACACUGCAUAAAUAUAAUGUGAGACUAGGCUGUUCAGGACACAAAGCACCUGCAUGCGAUUUGUGUUGGGAUAUCUAGGGUCUACAUACUUGGAGGUAGCUAGCAAAUUGUAGUAAAUUUACUAAAAGGCCUGUUGUUCUCACCAGGCCAGGAACAGUUAUGGAAAGACACUAUAUAUUCAUAUAACAGUUCAGCUCUGUGCAAAUUGCAGCUUUUCUGUGGAUUUAGCGAAUCAUCACUGAAAUAGAACUAUCUGUUUCUGUAUUUUUUUUUCCUCACUUCAUAGGACAAUCUCCUACAUUGUAAAUGUCAGAAUUAUUUUUUAUGUUAGAUUGUGCCUGUGAUGAGAAAAAUUUCAACGGUAUUUUGUGUAAACUGGUAAGUUUUUAUACUUUGGAACUCGGAGGCAUGGUCUAAUAGCAAUAAUGGAAUAUGCAUCUUGCUAGUUAAUAUGUUAAGACUAUCUUUACUGGGUCAGGUAUUUUUGUUGAUGUUGAUGCAGUUUUUAUCUCAAUACGACUCAUUUCAAAUAAAUAACUAGCAUUUUUAGAUGUCACAAGGUGGCAUAUUUAUUGUGAUGUACUGUAAAUGUUGUUAAUUUACAGAACUUGCACUUUUAUAUUUCUGAGUAAAAUUAAAAGAAACGUGGACAUGAGUUUUGUUCCCUUGCUCCUCGAAUUUGUCUUUUAAUUGUUCGCCUCCUGAACAAGAUGAUAUCAAGUAUUGGGAAAACUUCUGGGAUGUCAAGUGACUCUGUAACAAAGUUUUUCUAGUCAGCAAUUACCUCAGUCUUUGUUCUUCCAGUAUAAUUACAGUCUCUUGGUUUAGAAAGUGAGUUACAUGUGUCAUGUUGAGAUCAACCGUAGAGUGAACAAGGUUUAAGAUGCGAUUUUAAGACAUCAGAUUUACUUGUUCUUCAUUAAAGAAAAGGAACCACACACAAUUGUAUUUGUUGUAUUCCUACACCUUUGAAAAACGUUUCUAAUUUACUCUAAAGCACUUUAAUUUCUUCUCUCUCUGACUUUGAAUGCUUGUUUCAUAUUCUAGUUAUGCUUUAUUCUUAAAUAAAAUUCCCUAAAUGUUGUA